AUGGCGACACGGACGCUCGAAUUCACGAUCCUCUCGGCCGAGGACCUCCGGCUCGACGGCGGGAGGCCCGUCAGGAAGAACGCCUUCGCCGUCGUGAGAACCGACCCGUCGAAUUGCGUGUCGACCGGGGCGGAUUCCGACGGCGGGAGCUACCCGAUCUGGAACGAGAAGGUCGUCGUCGCGAUGUCGAUGGCGGCGACUAGUUCGGUGACGCUGGAAGUGCAGUGCAGGGUCGGAUCGGGAAACAGAGUCGUCGGGGCGGUGGCGGUCCCGGUUUCCGAUUUAUUGGGGGACCUGACGCCGGAGGAUUACCUGCAUUUUUUGAGCUACCGGCUGCGGGACCCGCGAGGGGUUAAGAACGGGAUUGUCAAUUUCUCGGUCAGGGUAAUCGGCGGCGGCGGUAGUGGCAGAGGAGGUAGUUGUUCCGCGGCAGCGAGGAAGGAGGUGAUGGCGGCGGGGUUCGGCGGUUCUUCCACGUACUCUGCUACGCGGGGCGCGCCGCCGCCCUCGUGGAGAAUGCAGGUGGGAGUGCCGGUGGUGGGCGGCCGGAGCAAUUACGGUGGCGGCGGAGUGGUCACCGGCGUUCCUGUUUGGGGCUCGUCCCGCGCUUGA